AUACAUUUUCCCACUUUCUUACUCUCCAAACCCCAAAUAAACCACUCACCAACCUUUGCAAACUUGUUAGCAACCAUGGGUAUGGUUUUGGGCAAAAUCACGGUGGCAACACCUAAAUUCGAAGUCCUCCACUCGACGGACGACUACGAGAUCCGUCAAUACUCACCAUCAGUGGCGGCGGAGGUCACCUACGAUCCAUCCGAACUCAAAGGAAACAAAGACGGCGGGUUCACCAUACUAGCAAACUACAUCGGAGCCAUGGGCAACCCACGUAACACCAAGACAGAAAAGAUAGACAUGACGGCACCGGUGAUAACGAAGGCGGAGAAGAUAGACAUGACGGCGCCGGUGGUUACUAAAGAGAGCGGAGAACGGGUGACGAUGCAGUUUAUACUGCCGGAGAAGUAUACGAAGGCGGAGGAGGCGCCGAAGCCGGUGGAUGAGAGGGUGGUGAUAAAGGAGGAGGGGGAGAGGAAGUGUGGGGUGGUGGGGUUUAGUGGGGUGGCGAAUGAGGCGGUGGUGAAGGAGAAGGUGGACAAACUGAAGAAGGAUUUGGAGAGAGAUGGGUAUAAAGUUGCCGGAGAGUUUGUGUUGGCGAGAUAUAAUCCGCCGUGGACGUUGCCGCCGUUUAGGACUAAUGAAGUUAUGAUUCCGGUGGAGUGAGAUUGUGUAAUUUUGUUUUAUCGUGUUUAUUAUUACUCAAAAUGUGCUUUUUAAUAUAAAUAUAUAUAUUUCGCUGCCAAUAAAGUUUUAAGAUAAAUUAAAAAUGUAUUGGUACUUGUUA